UCAUUUCAGUUGCCUCCCAGACGUGCGCUCUCGCUGUCGUGUGUUCUCGAUCGCGAGAAAUCGAAAUCGCAAUCGCUGUCGAAAUCGAGCUUGGUUAAUGCUUAACACUCUGCAUGCCCGGGAGAUAUGGUGAAACUCUCGAUCUGAUCGGAAAAUCCCAGCGCGCGUCGCUAUAAACACACCCAAGAUCGGUGGCAGAUGGUAUCGGGUUUGAGGUCCAUAAAAGCGCAUUCAUCUCGCGCUUUUCGUGUCACUCAAAGCCGGCGCACAGAGCCGAAAAGUUCAACAAGACCCACAGAUCCUGCGAUCAGCUAACUUGGACAAGCCAAGCCAAAUCGGUUAUAAACAAUAUCAAUAUCAUCAGAGCAACCAAAUCGAAGCGAUCCGAAAACGGUUCCACUAAAGCGGCGAGAGCGAAACUAAAGUGAAAAGCAAACCGACUAAUUGAAGUGUCUGUCUGUGUCUCGCAAACGUGCAAAGGAAACAAACAAAACGGAAUAGCCACCGCCGCGCAAAAUAUUUAUAAAUAAAUAGCAGGCAACAGUAACAACAGCUACCAGUAUAAAGGCCCGGCAUUAACAUUUAGUCGUGCCAGUUUGUUUAUUUUUUAUAUACGCAAAGCCCAUAAAAAGAUCACUAAAAACAACAGCAGCGCCGCUUUAAUAACAAAGUUGUAGAAAUAAGAAAAUUUUUAUUUUAUAUAAGGCGCCACCGAUUCGCCAAUCACCUGCUAAAUACUAUUACUAAUCCCCGACGCAGACGUUCGCCGUCCGCAGAAUCUAUAUAGUUACAAACCCAAUUGAUUAAACCAGAGGUCGAGUAUGAUGACGCCCAUGUGGAUAUCGCUAUUCAAAGUCCUGCUGCUGCUGUCCGCCUUCGUGGGCAUGAUAGUUUAUAUCAAAAUCGAAUUAACGAAGCGAGACGAGGCCGAGGUGAGGGCAGCGAAAACAGAGGCAGACUAUAAGGCCCUUUUGGCUAUCAUGAAGAAUGACGAACCCGGAGAGUCAUCAUCUUAUCACUUACAGUACGAGCCCAAGGAAUAUGAUGGUAUCAUCAAAGAGAUUUUUACAGUAAACAAUGAUAAGGGAGUUGUCCUCUUUAAUACGACCGCGGACAGUGCACCCUUCAUGCCCAUACCCACCCAGCACGACGAUCUGCCCCAGAAACAGAAACAGAACCAGAAUCAAUCCCCGAUACCCGAAACGAACCGCCAUUACCAUCAGUAUCACAGCCUGAUCCAACCAGAUCAGUACUUCAAAGUGCAGCGCUCCCCGAAUGGAAAGCUGAAUCUGGUCUUUAACGAUACGUUCGUAUCUUUGCAGAGGACGGACACGGAGGUGCAAUCCGAGCAGCCGACACCCCCCCGACAUCCAUCGGAUACCUUUGUCUUCCCCGAUUCCCCCAUAGCCAAGUAUCGGCCACCACAAUCGCCACCGCGUCCGCUGAGGAAUGACACCAAGGAGCGUAAUCCCUGCGCCAAGGAUGAAAGCCAACACCUUAGGAACUUCUGCACGAAUGUGGACGACUAUCCGGACCUUUCAGGCCUCACACAGAAGCUGAAAAACAACUUUGCCAAGUUCUUUAGCAAUGAUCUUCAGCCCACGGAUGUGAGCUCUCGCGUUGGUGGCUCAGACGAGCGAUUCCUUUGCAGGAGCAUCAGGAAGCUGGUGUACCCAAAGAAGGGCAUGCGGGCGGACGACACCUGGCAGUUCAUUGUCAAUAACGAUGAGUACAAACAGGCCAUCCAGAUCGAGGAGUGCGAAGGAGCGGACCAACCCUGUGACUUCGCCGCCAACUUUCCGCAGAGCUACAAUCCCAUCUGCAAGCAGCACUACACACAGCAGACCCUGGCCAGCAUCACGAGCGAUGGCGAACUGGACGUGGUGCAGCAUUCCUUCAAGAUCCCCUCCUGCUGCAAGUGCGCGUUGAAGACUGGGUGAUUCUGGAAAAUGGGAUUCUCCAGUCGAGGGCUGCGACAAUGUGAUAUUGAGCAUGAAGUUUCACCCACCACAGAAUGGCAGGCCAAACUGAUCAGGGGUCGUUGAUUUAUUCUAUAAUCUGCUGAAUCCACACAUAGACUAAUGUGCAUAUUAAUUUAGAGCUUUAAGUCGAGUCACUGUAACCACAUUCGUGUCAUAUAUUCAUUUUUGGCUUCCUCGUCUAAUGCCUAAGCUAGAAAUGCAAGUAAUUAGUCCUAGAAUACAAACAAAACAAAACAAAACACAAAACACAAAAAAAAAAAAGACA